UCCGCCGCCAGUCCUCGUCGCCGGUGGCCUCAUCGCCGGUCGUAGUACCUCGUGGAUUUCGGUGCGUUCCUCGUCGUCGUCCUCUCGUCUCGUGAUCCGCGCUCUCGGUUGUGAUUACUACUCUUACAACCUUGGACGGGAACGGCUCCGCUGUCCUCCGAUUUCCACGUCGCAGUCCAUCCAACCACGCGAUCGUUCACACCAUGUACGAGGCGAAAGAUCGCAAGCAGCAGGGCCUGGACAACGUCGCCUUCCAGAACGAUGAGCCCCGUGUCGACAAAACCUACCUGUCCGGCGACGUGACCAGCUUCGACGUGCAUUCCGGCGCCGAAUCGUCCGGCAAGCAGCACGAGCGGGCGACAUGGAACAACAGCAUCGAGUUCCUCAUGUCGUGCAUCGCCGUGUCCGUCGGCUUCGGCAACAUCUGGCGAUUCCCGUUUACCGCGUACGAGAACGGCGGCGGCGCCUUCCUCAUACCCUACGUGAUCCUCCUCUUCCUGGUAGGGAAGCCGUUCUACUUCCUGGAGAUGAUAAUAGGGCAGUUCUCCAGCAAAUCGUCCGUCAAAGUCUGGAGCAUGUCGCCGGGUUUCGUCGGGGUCGGAUGGGCGCAGUUUUGCUCGACGAUAGCGUUAGCCACCUACUACAGCUCGCUGAUGGCGUUGACGCUGUUUUUCCUGGUCGCGUCCUUCUCCUCCAAGCUGCCGUGGGCCACUUGCUUUGAGGAAUGGGGUGACACGUGCGUCGACUCGAGUAUGAAGAGGGACCACACUUUCCACGGAAACGCGACCAACACCGAUACCCUCGGCAGUCUCCUCAACAGCGACGUUCAGCGUCAAAGCUCGGCUGAACUGUACUUCUUGCGAGUGGUCCUGCACGAGAAGGAUAGCAUCGACGACGGGAUCGGGUUGCCGAGUUGGAAGCUGACGCUGUGCCUGCUCGGCAGCUGGACGGCGGUCUGUCUGGUGUUGUUCCAAGGUGUGAAGAGUUCGGGCAGGUUCUCCUACUUCCUCGCCCUUUUCCCGUACGUCGUGCUGAUCGCCCUGCUGAUCCGAGCGGUCACCCUGAACGGCGCGAUCGACGGGAUUCUCUACUUCAUCGUUCCGAAGUGGUCGAAGCUCUUGGAGCCGACCGUUUGGUACGCCGCGGUGACGCAAUGCUUCUUCUCCUUGUCGGUCUGCUUCGGCAGCAUCAUCACGUACUCCGCCCACAAUGACUUCAAGCACAAUAUUUAUAGAGACGUGAUGAUUAUUACUACGCUGGAUACUCUCACGAGCCUGUUGGCCGGCUGUACGAUCUUCGGUAUUCUCGGUAAUCUCGCGUACGAGUUGGGUGAGGAAGACAUUUCCAAGGUGGUAAAAGGCGGCGCCGGUCUGGCCUUCGUGUCUUACCCGGAUGCCAUAGCAAAGUUCGAUUUUAUACCGCAGUUGUUUGCCGUGCUGUUUUUCGUGAUGAUGUUCGUCCUCGGCGUCGGCAGCGCCGUCGGCAUGUGCACGGGGAUCAUCACCGUGAUAAACGAACAGUUCCCGUCGCUCAAGACUUGGCAGAUUGUGGUCCCGACCUGCUUCCUCGGCUUCUCCAUCGGCACUGUCUAUGUCACCCCGGGCGGUCAGUUCGUCCUGACUCUGGUGGAUUACUACGGCACCUCGUUCGUGGUGUUCAUCCUGGCGUCGUUCGAAAUGACCGGAGUGAUAUGGGUCUACGGUUUCGAGAACUUCUUGGACGACCUAGAAUUCAUGCUGGACCGGAAGCCGAGCAUGUACUGGAGGAUAUGCUGGUUCAUAGUGACGCCGUUGCUGCUGAUAUCGAUUUUUAUUUACACCGUAGCCACCUUGUCGCCUUUGAUGUACGGCGACCGAUCGUUGCCGAAUUCCGCGCACGCCGCCGGCUGGAUUUUACUGUGCGUCGGUGUAUUUCAGAUACCGCUGUGGAUGCUGAUAGCGAUGCUGAAGAAUCGGGAACUGCCGUUUUCGCAGAUGAUGAAGAAGGCCUUCGCGCCAGCGGCCGGAUUUGGGCCGCGGGAGGUGCAGCAGCGGAAGGACUGGAGGAUAUUCAAGGAGGAAAGAGCGAGAGACCGCGAGAAGAGAGUCCAGCCGCGCUGGAAGCAGAUACUCUACGUCCUCUUGAACAUGAAGCCAAAGUGAAAGCGACGCCGAUCGUCCGCGCAGAUCCCGUCCCUUCUUAUUCCGUUCGCAAGUCGCGCUUCUGUCACGACGGCUCCCACGGCGAGACGGAAGCGGCCGACGAAUGUACAUAUUUAUAUGUAUAUUACCCUUUUUUCGACACUCCACUGCAAAGUUCCUCGCAAUUAAUUAAAUCUCGCUACUUGAUUACGAGCUUCCGCCUGAGAUCGCGCCUUAGUGUAAUUUUCUACCGCGUGCGAACGCGCGACAAAGAGCCGCCGAUGUCGUCCGGAGAUCGUUAGGAAGUCCGGAUAUCUACGAUAGGUAAAAUACAGAUAAGCCUUUGCCCUUUUGUGCUCUGAACAAUGAAAAGCUCACGUGAUAUCUGACAAAGGGCGUUCCGGCGCUGCUGAAGGUUGCGAUAACGCUUAAAUCUUAAGAGUUGCGACGUCUGACGGCGUUGGCAACGCUCUUCGCUGGAAAUUAAGUUGCAAUUGAGUGCUUACGCUUAGAGAAAAAAAAAUAUCUAAACAAUAUAAAAUAUUUAUUCGGAGGUACUAAUAAUAUAUUUAUUUAUAUUAAUAUACAUAUAUAUUUUUAUACUGAGAGCAAACUUGUUUAAAUGAGAAGACAUAUCCUUUUCUUAAAUCAGUAGUUAUGCGUUAAAAAAAAAUGGAUUACUCUCUAUUUUUGAAUAGAAGAAUUUAUAUUUAACCCUUUGACUGCGGCGCGCUGAAACAAAAAGACGCUCGCAGUGUGCGGCACGAGAGAUUCCAUCGUGUGACACUGAGACGACUAUAUUACGUGCAUAAGAUUUAAUCAAACAAAUCGAGUAAAUAACAUUUAAUAUUUUUGUUGACCUUACAGUCGCUGCGCCGCCGCGACGCGCCGUAUAUAGCCGUCGCACGAAUGAAGAGCGACGGGAAUAUACGGCGUAAGCAAGAGAGAGGUACUUUUCUUUGAUAUAUCCGUCGUACGCAAUCAAAGGGUUAAGUAAACGCUCACACAAACAUUUUGAUAUGCGUUGUAUAUCCUACGUAUAUAUAUACAUCCAGAUAGAAAUGCGUGAUGAUCACGUUUUAUCACAAUGCGACGUCAUGUGUGACUUCUUAAUAUCCUUUUAGAGAUCAUUAACGUGAUUAAUAUUACACAGGAUGCACACGAAUGAUGUGCGCGUGUUCUUGACGUGAUUAUGAUUAAAGCUGUUGGACGAGAUAUUUUCUUAACAUUCCGGAAAAAAAGGAUCAUACAUGAAAUUUGCCCAUACAUGACUACAUGUAAUCACAUAUGCGACAACGAGAAAAUCAUUUUUUCCCGGGAUGACAUGAACGACACAACGUAUGCGCACGCAUCUGCAUCUAUUCUUAACAUUUUGACUAUCGUGAAUAGAAAAUGAGGCCAGAUUGAAUAGAUUUUGCUAUCUGGGCGCAUUUGUAUAUAUUAAAUACGUUAUUAGUGUAUGUUGUUGCACGCACACCUGUGAUGCAUUGUGGUAAACUUCCAUAACAAAUACACAUGUAACAUAUAUUUAAGUAUAUAA